AUGUUCCGCUGUGUCCGUCGUCUCGGCUCGAAGCCCACGGCAGCGCGCCAUCGGGCGUUACAGGCCGCCAUGAGAACCGUCUCUUACAGCGCACUCGCGCCGAACGGGCAGUCGGCGCACGCCGACGAGGGCAAGGCCCUGCUUGCCAGCAUUUGCCCCGCCUACAAGACGACCGCCCUUGCGCAGCUGCUGCAGAAGUCGCUCCCCUCAACCGCCAACGUCCUGACGAUCGACGGCACCGCCGGAGACGCCAGCAGCAGCGCCGCUUCCGUUCUGCGCUUCGUCAUCACAUGUGACGAGGAAGUUUCUAAGCUGCAGCGCAACCCUGAACAUUCGCACCCAUUGCUUGUGCUUGUGCAGACCUCACUGGAUAAGGACGAUGCUGAAGCAAAUGAGUUUGUCCUCUCCACUGCCCUGCAGCAGCGGGAUCGCUUUAAAAGUGCCACCGCCGUCGUGCUGGACGUCAAGCAGUCGGCCGUCGCCAAGUCAAUUUUAAAGAGUCUUCGCGGGAAGAGGCUGGAGGCAAAGAAGGAAGAAGAGGCGGCGGAGGUGCCGGCGGGUGCCACCCCCAGCGCUGUCGCCAACGCAGCGGUGGGGGAUCAACGGGAGGCCGCCGCGGUGGAUGGCAGUGAGCGGGGGACUGAGCGGCAGUCGCCGGAGGUAAAAGCUGCGGCGAAGACUUCACCUCCCAAGAAGAGCUCAGCGACGACACCAACAACAGCAACAACAACAACGAGUGAGCCAAAGUUAUCUGCUUCUGGGAAGAAGGGUGCGAAAAGUACGAAGGUGGGCGAUAAAACAAAUGCAGACGGAUCUCGCUCGCUCUCCUACACACCACCCCCUGGGGUUGCCAAGGGACGAUUCACCUCCGUCCCGUCUACCCGAAAGGACACACGGGAGUCAUUGCAGCAAAUGUUUCGAUCGUCGUUGGCAGCACCGUUUCAGCCUCCAAAGCAAGUGGAGAGGGCCCUUUUCUCCGGCUACGUUGACAAAGUGCGAAUUGCCGAUAUGAUGAACCUUCCCGUGUACGGUAGUGGGGAGGUGUACGCUUUGUAUUAUAGACUGACCGGUGCGGGGGCUUGCCGCACGCCACUGAUCACUAUUACACAAAUUUUUGAAGAGGAGUGUCGACGGAAGGGAGGCAAAAAAACGAAAAACAUGGAAGCUCUUACCACACCUCGUGUGCCAGUCUUGCUCCUUCUUGGUGCCUCCUUUCUUAUCGCGGAGGACGCAGCGCUUAUGCGCCAGGAGUAUCAAAAGACACUUGAGCAGUCUCUUUCACCGCUGGCCGAUGUUGCCGUGGUGGUUGUACCCACUUGCUUUACCGAGAAGAAUGUGCUCUUUGCGCUUCGCAGCGCAAGCAUAGAAGCUGCUGGGGAGGCUAGCCAGGAGCAGCAAGGCUACAAAGAAGUACACGAAGAGGGGGGCAAGGUUGUGCCUCCCUCAACUUUGCGCCGUCGUGGUCAAGACGCCGGGCAACUUGCCUCGGAGUCCCUUUCGGAAAAUGUGCUACGCUCGGUUGUGGCCAACGCCCUGGAGGAGGUGGCGCUGCGGCAUGAAAAGUCCACCGACCAUCUCGUGAGUACCCUGAACAAACUUGUGGAGUACUGGUCGCGGGAGCGUGUGAUAGAGCUUAUGGAAGGGCUUCAGAGUGAGAGGGAAGCCCUCAUAGAUGCCACAAAGGAGUUUGAGCAUGUUCAGCGGCAGCUGCGCCACACGCAAGAAGUGAUGGAGGCACUUCGAACAGAGGUGAAGAGUAUAGGGGACAAAAUAGAGCAGCGGCCGACUGCGGACGCUGGCGCCGCGUCCGGCGACAUGUAUGACCUCGUGGACUGUACCCGACGGUUGGAGGAGCGUCUAGCGGAGUAUGUGAGUGCCUUGCCUUCCAAGGAGCAGUUUUCCCUCGAUGUGCGAGAGGAUUUGGAGGACGUGCAGAAAACACUGCUACGCCAGCUCGACCAGACCUUGUCAAAAAAGCUGAAGAUUAUGCAUGAGGAUCAGCAACGCGGCCUGCAGCAGCUACUUGAAGGAAGCUCAAGCGGUAACGAGGGGGGGCAGCAACUCACGCAACGUGUCCUUCAGGAACUUCCAGAGCGUAUUGAGAGUGCGAUGGAGAAGGCCUUGAAAUCCUUCAGCCAGGAUUCGGACGAACGGACCAGGAGUGUGCUGGAGCGCCAGCAGGAGGUGGCACACUCACAGCUCUCCGCUUUCUGCGAUAGGCUGUGCCAGACCGUUGAGGCAGGGCAGGGACGCGUUGAGCGCGUUGUCUCGGAGCUGAUGUCCACGAAAUCGGACGGUAAUGACACCGCCAGGGCUGAGCAAAGCAAGCCGCCAGAGUUGGACGACGCAAUGACGCGAUAG